AUGGUUCAAAAGAUUCAUAGGCCUGAAGCAGAUUGUUUUGGUUUAGAUCCUGAAGUUUGCAUGAAUGUGACUGAAUUAUUAACUAGUAAAGGUUACCCAUGUGAAGAGUACACAGUAGAAACAGCUGAUGGGUUUUUAUUAGGUGUUCAGAGGGUUCCUCAUGGACGAAAUAAUCAGUAUCUUGGUUCUGAUAGACCUGUGGUCUUUUUACAACAUGGUUUACUGUGUUCAGCUACAAAUUGGGUGACUAAUUUAGUCAAUGAAAGUUUAGCAUUUAUUUUGGCUGAUGCUGGAUAUGAAGUAUGGUUAGGUAAUUCACGUGGUAAUACAUACUCCAGAAGACAUAAAACAUUAAACCCUAAUCAAGAUGAAUUCUGGGCUUGGAGCUGGGAUGAAAUGGGAAGGUAUGAUUUUCCUGCUAUGAUUGAUUAUGCCUUAAAGCUGUCUGGUAAAUCUAGCUUAUAUUAUGUUGGACACUCUCAAGGAACAACACAAGCAUUUGCUCAUCUUUCACAAAAUCCAGAAUUUGAGAAAAAGAUUGACAUAUUUUUUGCUCUGGCUCCAGUUGCAACAGUAGGCCAUAUGAAAAGUCCAAUAAGAUAUUUGUCUGACUUACCUGAUGAGGCUCUGUAUUUUGUCCUAGGAAGGAAAGACUUUCUACCUAAUUUAGAUCUUAUCAAGGUUUUAGCUGAUACUGUGUGUGAGGAUAAAUCAUUGAGAUUUUUAUGCUCUAACUUAUUAUUUCUUAUAGCAGGCUAUGAUACCAAAAAUUUAAACAAUACAAGAUUACCAGUAUAUUUAAACCAUACACCUGCUGGAUCAUCAGUUCAAGAUAUUAUACAUUUCUUACAGGGUUACAGAACAGGGUUAUUUAAAAUGUAUAAUUAUGGAUCAGUAGAUGAGAAUUUAAAACAUUAUAAUCAGUCAGAUCCCCCUAUUUAUGAUGUGAGUAAUAUUAAAGAAACACCUAUAGUAGUUAUAUAUGGUGAUGAAGAUUGGCUAGCUGAUCUACAGGAUGUGAAUGCUCUUCUUCCAAAAUUAAAAACAUUACAAUCAAAACAUGAAAUUGCAAGUUAUGAUCAUUUAGAUUUUAUAUGGGGAGAGAAUGCAGCUUUAAAAGUAUAUAAUAUUAUUAUUGAUAUUAUUAAAGAGAAGGAAAGAAGUUAG